AUGGCCGACUCCGACGGCGAGUACGUUGAGGACAUGUCCGACGAUGAUCUCAAUGACCACCAAGUAACGAACGGUACGGGUGCCGAUGGUACAUCAGGGAAGGCGCGCGGGAAGAAGGGCAAGAGCGGACACUCCAAAGCACGAUGGGAGGACGUCAAACGCAGCUGGGAGGAGGUCACAGAGGGCGCCGAUGGCAGUCUGGCGGUGGGCGCCAGUCUCGAAGCCGAGAAGAGGAGGAGGCUUCUAAGAGACACGACACCGCUGCAGCGCGGUAUCAUUCGUCAUCUGGUGCUGGUAUUGGACAUGUCAUUCGCCAUGACCGAGAAAGACAUGCUUCCCAACCGCUAUCGCGUCGCGUGGGCAUACGCUGCGGACUUCGUCAAGGAGUAUUUCGAGCAGAACCCGAUCUCGCAGUUGGGUAUCAUUGGAAUGCGCGACGGUGUCGCUCUUAGGAUCAGCGAUAUGAGCGGCAACCCAACCGACCACCUCGAAAAGUUGAAGUCGUUUGAGGGACAGGAGCCGUCUGGCAACCCAAGCUUACAGAAUGCGCUGGAAAUGUGUCGCGGGGCUCUAUUCCACGCUCCCUCUCACGGUACUCGUGAAGUGCUCGUCGUCUUCGGCGCCCUCCUCUCCUCUGAUCCCGGCGACAUUCACGAGACAAUAUCAUCCCUCAUAACCGACCGAAUUCGCGUUUCUAUCGUCGGUCUCGCCGCCCAAGUUGCCAUCUGCGCCGAACUCUGCACACGUACAAAUGCCGGCGACGAUACUCAAUAUAGUGUGUGCAUGAACGACGCCCACUUCCGAGACCUGCUCCUCGCCGCUACAACACCACCAGUAACCCGGACUAUUGCACAGAGCACCGCGUCCCUCCUCAUGAUGGGAUUUCCUUCUCGAACCCUUGUGCAGGGCGAGGCCACCGCCAUCUGCGCCUGCCACAAUAAGCCUGCCCGCGAGGGCUAUCUAUGCACGCGCUGUGGUACUCGCGUAUGUCGUCUGCCUAUUGAGUGUCCGGCAUGCUCUCUGACGCUCAUUCUCUCCACCCAUCUCGCCCGCUCAUACCACCAUCUAUUCCCUCUUCCUUUCCCCGAACCGCCCAAGGCGUCCAAGAAGAAAGACAAGGACAAGGACAAGGACGGCGUCUCGACAGUGACCCCCGUCGUCCCUGCUCCAGGCCCACCACCGGAGCUCAAGGGAGUUAGUGAGAGCGGACGAUAUGCUUGCACAGUGUGCAACAGUCACUUUUGCAUUGACUGCGAUGUUUACGCUCACGAGGUAAUUCACAAUUGCCCUGGGUGCCAAAGCGAUACUCGCGGGGUGGCAGCGGAAACCGUCACCGAGGUCAAUGGCGCAAACGGGCAUCAAACGAACGGGACGGCCAUGGUCAUCGACUCAUGA